GGGCAAGCUGUGUUGGUGGUUGGCGGGUGCGAGAGCCAAGAGUGCCGUGUGUGAGUGCUGUGAGGCCCCUGCACCGCUCUCCAAGGCUCGGCGGACAAACUUGUAUUGAAGGUACACUCGUGCGGGAUUAUAAGUUUCAGGGUAUUAUGGCCGAGUGAGGUAUGGUCAGCAUGUCUACAGAGCGCGUGGGUGUGAGGAAGAAGCCCGAAGUCAACAAUGGACAAGCCACUACAGGCGCGGCGGCACCGGUGGAGGAGACCCCCAACCACAUCGUGUACAAGAAGAUGGAGAAGAUCGUGGAGCAGAUGCAGCAUGAGGAGACGGGAGUGCCUGUGCGUACGGUCAAGAGCUUCAUGACCAAGAUCCCGUCCGUGUUUACUGGCGCGGACCUCAUUCUGUGGAUGCUGAGGAACCUGGACGUGGAGGACCAAACGGAGGCUCUGCACUUGGCACACCUGGUGGCGGCUCACGGCUACUUCUUCCCCAUCGACGACCACGUCCUCUCCGUCAAGAAUGACUCUACCUUCUACAGAUUUCAGACUCCUUAUUUCUGGCCUUCCAACUGUUGGGAGCCCGAGAACACGGACUAUGCUGUGUACCUGUGUAAGCGAACCAUGCAGAACAAAGCGAGGCUGGAGCUGGCGGACUACGAGGCGGAGAACUUGGCCAGGCUGCAGAAGAUGUUUAGCCGGAAGUGGGAGUUCAUUUUUAUGCAGGCUGAGGCGCAGAGCAAAGUAGACAAGAAGCGAGACAAACUCGAGAGGAAAGUCUUGGAUUCUCAGGAGCGGGCGUUUUGGGAUGUACAUAGACCCAUGCCUGGGUGUGUCAACACAACAGAAAUCGACAUAAAGAAGGCGUGUCGGAUGAACAAGCCCAUGAAGUCCUCCAAACACCUGGCUGUGGGGGUGGCGGGGGGGCGGAUAUCACCCUCAGUCUCCGAGGCGGACCUAACCAACCCUGUGGAGUCACUGAAGCAUGACAUUGAUCUGCUGAAGACUAGAGUGGACCGGUGCAACUUCAAGGUGUCAAAGGCAGCAGAAUCGUUUAUCAGCUACUGGGAGCAGUAUCAGGAAUAUGACCCAUUCAUCACCCCAACAGACCCACCAAACCCCUGGGUAUCUGAUUGUCCAGAUUUCUGGGAAGCAGAAAAAAUCGCCAAGGAAAUCCCCAGUAAACGGGUACGGAGAUGGGCCUUCAGUGUGCAGGAACUCCUCAAGGAUCCUGUUGGACGAGAACAAUUUGUUAAAUUCCUUGAAAAGGAAUUCAGUGCGGAAAACCUAAUGUUCCUUACUGCAGUCCAGGAACUAAAGUGCCUCCCACAAAAGGACGUCCAUGACAAGGUCCAGGCCAUCUGGGAUGAGUACCUUGCCCCUAAUGCCCCUGUGCCAGUAAACAUCGACUGCAGGUCUAUGAACAUUACCAAGAAGAACAUGCAGAACAGAGAUCGGUGGACCUUUGAUUCAGCAGCUGCACACCUUUAUCACCUCAUGAAGUCGGACAGUUAUUCGCGGUAUCUGCGUUCAGAAAUGUACAAAGAAUUCCUUAGUGGAGGCAGAAAGAAGACUUCAGUGAGGGGAAUCAGAUCAAUAGUACACUUCAGCAAAGGAAAGGAUGCUCCCCCACCAUCCUAGUAGUGACUGGAGAAGUACACUGCAUGCCUUCUAACUCCCCCACCUGACUGGAAAGUCCUUUAUGAUACCCAAGCUGUCAACACUCAAUAUUGGGACUAACAGUUAGCCACAUCACAACAUGUGAAUAUGGGUGGUGGUUGCAUCAGAAGCUGCAUGGACCCUAGUGUGUGGGUUUGAGCAGGUGCCCUCCUGUAACAAGGAUAUAGACAUGUCUGUGGAAGGUAUACACCAUUUGUACAGCCCAAAGAAAAACAACACUCCUCUUGCAGUGUACUGUGCCUGCAAGCUAUUGUAUUGCUGUGGUGUCCACACCAAAUCAGGAAUGUCAGUGGCUGUUUUAACUUAUUUCCUUGCAUCAGUGGGUGAAAAUUAACAUUUGGCAACCCCUGCACAUAUAAGGACAUAUUUUUCAAACUUCAUUGCCAUAAUACAAUUAAUGUCAUCAGGACUGCCAAAGUGAGAGUGCUUGGCUGACCAUAUCAUUGUUACAUAUGGUGUAGCUGAACAAGUGAAGUAGGAAAGUCAGGCAUGCACAUGGGUAUCCUUCCCAUAAUUAUAAGUAUAUUCAGUUUCCCGUGAUAGAUGCAGCAUCGAGUGACAUUGUUGUAGAAGAUCCUUGUGGUUAUCCUGUUUUCAACUAGACACAAACUGUCUCAGAACAUUAAUUGUAUUUGUGAUCAUCCAAUAGUGAAGUUCUUCACUAUUUUAGUCAAUUUAAAUAAGGGAAUGAUCAAAAUUCUAAAUUUAAGACAUUUCUUAUACAUAAUGUUUAUGAAUAUUUGGUACUUUGGAAUUUGAAUUAUAUAAUUUUGUUUUAUCAGUAAGAGCAGUAACAUUUGUGAAAUCAGUAGGAAAUCAAUGCCAAAUUAGUAUGUCAAAAUUUUAUAGUAAUGGCAUUGCAAAGUACAUGGUAAUAAUGUCUUUCAUUAGUGUUGGUUUUGUUAGAGGUACAUGAAGUAUCUAUAUUGUGAUGACUGAUAAUGAAAUUGUAUGUGACCAAGUACAGUAUACCUUCUAUAUAUUAAAAUUCUACAGUGUU